AUGGGUCAAUCCGCUUUUCCAUUUCGUUUGGAAAUUCCAAUGAAAAGAUUUCUUUUGUUUCUUUUUUUAUCAACAGUUGACGCUGGUUUCACUGCUCAAUGCUUCACAACUCGUUUCAACCAUGCCAUUUCAAAUGCCGAUCCGGUCACUGAAUUGUUUGAGUUGAAUUUAGCGGAUUGCCUGAAUUAUUGCAUUCUGAAUGCGGCGAAAGCUGGGGACGGUUGUUCAUCGAUUGUCUACCAUAAAGAGUUUAACACUUGUCAAAUCUAUGGCCAUGACGGAACGAUGGGUGGAGCACAAAUUGUCCCUGUUAACAAUCACGAUUACUACAAUCGAUCUAGUUACAUAGGUGCUUGCCAGGAUCGUGAACCUUUUCCCGAGUUGCCCGAUUUGCCAACGAUUCUCGUUAACUCGAAAGACUCAUUUGAACAAUCAAAAGAAGAAUUGGCUGUGAUUGAGAAUGUUCACCCAAAUGAGAACUCGAACAAGGAUGUUGCUUUUCCGGAUGAGUUUCUCCGUCUCAAACAUCUCACCGACAUUCUUGAUGGAGAGGCUGAAGUGCCGGCUGAGGAAACGAUCACUUUCUUCAAUCCGACAAUGACCAAUCUUUGCACCAAACAAGAAGUCGUUUCCUAUUUCGUGCUCUUUGGGAAAUCCCUAUCGGCAGCCGUUCGACCGUCAAAAGUUCGCGGAAUCGAUCAAAGCAGUUGCAUUAUGUACUGUUCGCAGAAUAUUAACUCAACCGGCUCAAAAUCUCCAUGUUAUGCCGCAAAUUACGAUCCAGCUCUCGAGGAGUGUCGUUUAUAUGAUAAAGACGCGAAAUCCGAUCGCCAUUCGGCUCAACUCGCUGACGAUAAGAAUAUCAUUUUUGUGGACAAAUUCUGUAUACAAACCAAAAAGGACUGCUCAGCCGAUUCCCCAUACAUUGUUUACAUGCAUAAACAGAUCACCCAAAAGAUCGUCGCUCAUUAUCCGGAUGUUCACUCGAUUGUCGCCUGUAUGGCACUUUGCAUAGAUCAUGGAGGGUGCAAGGCUACAACAUAUAAACUUGGAGGUCUUUGCAUCUUGCAUGGUGCCUCACCGGCUGUUGAUUCGAAUCUCUUAGUUGAUGGAAAUGAAAAGACGAUGGUGGUUGAGAAUGGCUGUCAGACAAGUGCAAGAGCUGUGCCAAGCUUGCUUUCUGGAGCAAUGGAUGAUGACUGUUUCAAUAGUAUUACGAGAAAAACGAUCGACAAUUCCUCACCGAUUGCCACUUUUGACUUGAUUUCCCUGCAGACAUGUAUGAUGCAGUGUAUUCAAUCGACCACCAAUUAUAAAAAUCGAGAAUGUUUUUCGUUCACAUAUGACAGAGCUACGAGGAAUUGUCGAAUUUUUGAUCACGAUGGGAGAAAGGUUCCCGCAAUUCUUCUCCCAGCGAUGAAUUUUGAUUUCUACAAGAAAAUCUCUAUUGAAAAUCAUUGUGGAGUUGAAAGAGUUGUCUCAUCGACACAAAUUGCUACUCAACCUGAAGCAACUCUUGCUCAAAAGUCAAAUUUUCACAACAUCGAAGAAGAGAUCUUACGAGCCACAAAUGAGCUUUUGGAACAUAAAGCUGUUGUUGCGGAAAGUCAAGCAGAAAUCUGUCAAACUUCAACGGGUUACUAUGUGGUAAUCGGCAAUGAAAUCUUGCUUCCAACAAGCGCCGAUCAAAAUUCGAUGAAAGAAUUCUCUGAGAUUGAACAAGGAGACUGUGCAACAUUGUGCUCAAAAGAAGAGAGUCCCGAUGGUGAAAAGCUAAAAUGCAACUCGUUGAACUAUUUCCCGUUAACCCAAAAAUGUCAAAUUCUUUCAAUAUUGGCUGAACCGCAUGGAGAAGGGGAAUUGGUGGAGAAUCAAGAUUCGAUUUACGCCGAGAAAUUCUGUUUACCAACACACAAAAAUCAUUGUCAAAGUGAUGAAGUCUUCAUUUUGCAUGUGGAGAAACGAAUCAAAGAAAAGCCAUUCAAAGAAACGAUCAGUCAGAGUAUUACAAGUUGUUUGAAAGCCUGUUUAAAUACAGAUCAAUGUGCGACGUGUGUCUUCGAUUCAUCGCGUGGUCGUUGUCUUCUCCAUUCAACUCAAAUCGGCAAUGAUUUGAGUGUCACCGAGUACACGGCCGGCUAUGUUUUGAUCGAGAAUGGUUGUUAUAAAAAGGGAGUAAGGAUUUCCGAUCCAAUGAACUGGUCUCCAUGGUCCUCAUGCCAAUUCAAAUUGAAGGGAAAAACGAUUCGAACAAGGACAAGAGAAUGUCAAAAUUGUGAAGAUUUUCAAUAUGAAGAAUGC